CCCCCCAAAAAAGCCAAGAUCCCCUCCCUGGGCCCAUCCCUUCCCCUAGUCCCUACCCCCUCCCCCCAGAACUUUCCCUCCCGCAUGCUUUUGCCCUGCACCACGAUCGCCUCUCCGAUGCCACGGGCCUGGAAGCUGCGCUAGGAGCGGGCGGCGGCGGCUGCGGCGGCUCUGGAGUGCUAUGACCGGCAAACUCGCCGAGAAGCUGCCCGUGACCAUGAGCAGUUUGCUGAACCAACUGCCCGACAAUCUGUACCCCGAGGAGAUCCCCAGCGCGCUCAACCUCUUCUCCGGCAGCAGCGACUCGGUGGCCCAUUACAAUCAGAUGGCUACAGAGAAUGUGAUGGACAUCGGUCUGGCCAACGAGAAGCCCAACCCCGAACUCUCUUACUCCAGCUCCUUCCAGCCAGCCCCCGGCAACAAGACCGUGACCUACUUGGGAAAGUUCGCCUUUGACUCCCCUUCCAACUGGUGCCAGGACAAUAUCAUCAGCCUCAUGAGCGCCGGCAUCUUGGGGGUGCCCCCAGCCUCGGGGGCGCUCAGCACGCAGACGUCUACAACCAGCCUGGUGCAGCCGCCGCAGGGAGACGUGGAGGCUAUGUACCCGGCGUUGCCCCCCUAUUCCAACUGUGGCGACCUCUACUCGGAACCAGUAUCUUUCCACGACCCCCAGGGUAACCCAGGGCUCGCCUACUCCCCACAGGAUUACCAGUCGGCCAAGCCCGCUUUGGACAGCAAUCUCUUUCCUAUGAUUCCUGACUACAACCUGUACCACCACCCCAACGACAUGGGCUCCAUUCCGGAGCACAAGCCCUUCCAGGCCAUGGACCCCAUCCGCGUCAACCCGCCCCCCAUCACUCCCUUGGAGACCAUCAAGGCAUUCAAAGACAAGCAGAUCCACCCGGGCUUCGGCAGCCUGCCGCAGCCACCACUCACGCUCAAGCCCAUCCGGCCCCGCAAGUACCCCAACCGGCCGAGCAAGACCCCGCUCCACGAGCGGCCGCACGCCUGCCCGGCCGAGGGCUGCGACCGCCGUUUCAGCCGCUCAGACGAGCUGACUCGGCACCUGCGCAUCCACACUGGCCACAAGCCCUUCCAAUGCCGGAUCUGCAUGAGGAGCUUCAGUCGCAGCGACCACCUCACCACGCACAUCCGCACGCACACGGGCGAGAAGCCCUUUGCCUGCGAGUUCUGCGGGCGCAAGUUUGCGCGCAGCGACGAGCGCAAGCGCCACGCCAAGAUCCACCUCAAGCAAAAAGAGAAGAAGGCGGAGAAAGGCGGGGCGCCCUCGGCCUCUGCGGCGCCCCCCGUAUCCCUGGCCCCUGUGGUCACCACCUGCGCCUGAGGUUCGGGCCCCCGGAUCCCCACUUGAACCCUUCCAGUGCCUCCCGGCUGUUCGCUUGAAAAGCAGCGGGGAAAGCCAACCACGCAGGCGCAGGGGCCGCGCCCUGGCCCGCUCCAUGGACGUGCGGCCCCUGGUUCCCCUUCGACACCCCCUUCCUCCACACACACGUGUACGCGCGUGCGCGCACGCCAGUCCCCAACCUUUGACACCGACCUGCGAGGUCGGAGGCCGGGGCUAGAGCCGUCUUUUCCUGGCCAUCAGUACCGCGCCACUCCUCGCCUCCCCUCGCGGCUCCUUAGCCAAGGCACGGGGGCGGAAAGGUGGCGUCUAGCCCGCUUUGUUCCGUUCGGAUCGUCU